AUGUCUGACUCAGAAAGUUUAUUCCAACCUACAAAUAGCAAUCAUCAAAGUCAUUUGCAUACUGAUGAAAUUCUUAAUGAUCAUAGAAAUCAAAUGACCAAUUCAAGUUGUGCUGUUUCCGAAGAUGAAGAUGAAGAUACAAAUGAUCCAAAAAAUCAAUCAAUUAACAAUCAAGAAUCAUCCGGGGCUGUAAAAAAUCCAACAUCAACACUUAAUACGAAUCAUAAUCAACAUCAAAAAACUGAAAGUUUUUCAAUUGAUAGCGGAAGAAAAAAGUCUAUAAGAAGAUCAUCUGGAAGAAGAGUAUCCAUGAGUGAUAAUAUUAAUAACCAAUUUCAAGGUAAUACUCAACCAAAUAGAUCUUAUAUGACUUCAUUAAGAAAAGAUUUUUACUUAAAAGAAGAUGAUGAUUUAUUACCAUUACCAAUUAAUAGUCAAGUCAUUUCAUCAUCAUCAAAUACUGCUGGUAAUUUAUCAACUCCUCCACCAUUACAUCUGAAUAAAUCAAGACGUAGAUCAACUUUGGAUAACUUACCACCAAUUAUUAAAAAAAAAACUGCUCGUUCAAAUUCAAAUAAUUUUGAAAGUGAUGUGUUAAGUCCAAUGAUUAAAACUAAAACUAAUGAAAGUUUUCUUAUUGUUAAUAAUGCAAAUGGUGAAGAAAUUAAAGUAAGAAGACAAUCACGCUCUUCAAUCGAUAGUGAAGCUGACUCUCAUGGUUCAAGAAGUUCACAAGAAACAGAAGAAGAUGUUUGUUUUCCAAUGAUGCGUGAACAUAUUAAAAUUAAUGGUAUUGAUUUUGAUGAAAUUGAUGAGUUUAUAAGAGAAGAAAGAGAAGAAGCAGAAUUACAAAAAGAAUUUAUUUCAAAAAAUAAACUGAUUAUUGAAGAUAUUACUAUUGAUCAACAAAAUGGUGGUGGUAAAAGAAAUAAUAGUUCAGGAAUUAGUAGACAACCAACAAGUAAUGCUGCUUUAAAAUAUACUCCUAAAAAUAUUUUAAAAACUUUUCAACAACGUUCAGAAGAAGUUCAAGAUUCAGCAACAACUUCUUCAUCAAUAGAUGAAAUUAAAAUUAAACAUGAAAGUUCAGAAGAUGAUGAUAAAUCAUCAAUUGAACAAGUUAAAUUUGGUGGAGCUAGGAUUUCUGAUGGUGCUAAUGGUGGAUUACCUGAUAGAUUUUCAUUUUUCCAUUCUGAAAAUGAAGAAACAGUUCAUGCACCUGAUAUUCCUUCAUUAGUAUCAAAUGGACAAUCAAUUAGAGAAUUAUUUCAUAAUGGUGAAGAAACUUGGUGGUUAGAUUGUACUUGUCCAACUGAUGCUGAAAUGAAAAUGUUGGCAAAAGCUUUUGGUAUACAUCCUUUAACAGCUGAAGAUAUUAGAAUGCAAGAAACUAGAGAAAAAGUUGAAUUAUUCAAAAGUUAUUAUUUUGUUUGUUUCCACACAUUUGAACCUGAUAAAGAAUCAGAAGAUUAUCUUGAACCAAUUAAUGUUUAUAUUGUUGUUUUUCGUGAUGGUAUACUUACUUUUCAUUUUUCACCAAUUUCACAUCCUGCUAAUGUUAGAAGAAGAGUAAGACAAUUGAGAGAUUAUGUUGAUGUUACAGCUGAUUGGCUUUGUUAUGCAAUGAUUGAUGAUAUUACAGAUAGUUUUGCACCAGUAAUUCAUGGAAUUGAAUAUGAAGCAGAUGCAAUUGAAGAUGCAGUUUUCACAGCUAGAGAUACUGAUUUUAGUAAUAUGUUACAAAGAAUUGGUGAUUCUAGAAGGAAAGUUAUGACAUUAAUGAGAUUAUUAUCUGGUAAAGCAGAUGUUAUCAAAAUGUUUGCAAAAAGAUGUCAAGAUGAAGCUAAUAUUGGUUAUCAAAGACAACAACAAAGACAAAGAGAUCAAUUAAUUUCACCUCAUUCAUCAUCCAGUAACAUUUAUGGUAUGAACAAUCAAUCCUCAUCUGGUGGUGGUUCACAACAACAGCAACAGCAACAGCAACAACAACAACAACAGCAACCAACUAGUUCAUGGGCUCAAAAUAACGCUUACAAUGCUCGUCCAAGAGCAGACAUUGCAUUAUAUUUGGGUGAUAUUCAAGAUCAUAUAAUUACUAUGUUUCAAAAUUUACUUGCUUAUGAAAAAAUAUUUUCAAGAUCUCAUUCAAAUUAUUUAGCUCAAUUACAAGUUGAAAGUUUUAAUUCUAAUACUAAAAUUUCAGAAAUGUUUUCAAAAGUUACUAUUAUUGGUACAAUGUUGGUUCCUUUGAAUUUAGUUACUGGUUUAUUUGGUAUGAAUGUUAAAGUUCCAGGAGAAAAUUCAAGUAUUGCUUGGUUUUUUGGAAUUUUAGGUGUUUUAUUAUGUGUUAUAGUCAUUAGUAUAUUUUUUGCUAAUUGGUGGUUGAAAAGAAUGAAUAAUCAAAUUAACGGUGCUCCAAGACCAGUAUUUAAUUCAAGAAGAAGUAUUAAAAGUUUAGGUAUGAAAAGAAAUGGAGCAAAAUCAAUCAUAAGUUUUCCAAAUAAAUAUGAAUAA